UUUUUCUUGUAACUUAUGGAGACUCCAAUAGUUAAACUAUCUGAUGAAGAGCUUAAAACAGUUUAUGAGCCUUCUGAAGAUUCCUAUAUUUUAAUGGAUGCUUUGGAAGUAGAUUUAAAGAUUUUGCAUAUGAUGAAACCUAUGAUUUGUUUAGAGAUAGGUAGUGGUUCCGGCAUUGUUAUUACAGCUCUAGCAAUGGCAUUAAAGAGAUAUCAUAAUGCUCAUUUUAUGGCAAUUGAUAUAAAUCCUGAUGCAUGUAGAACCACGAAAAGAAUUAGUCUAAUUAAUUCGGUCGAUGUAGAUGUCCUUCGUAUGAAUUUAGUAGAUUGUAUACGGAUUAAAUAUACAUUUGAUAUUAUUAUAUUCAAUCCACCAUACGUAGUUACAGAAUAUGAAGAAGUGUUAGACGAUAGACUUAUAUUUAAAACUUGGGCAGGUGGUAAAAAUGGUAGGCAAGUUAUGGAACAGAUAUUUACGGUAAUUCCAGAAAUAUUAUCGGACACAGGGUUGUUUUAUUUGGUUGUUAUCAAGGAAAAUGAUCCCGAAUAUAUCUUAAGUGCUUUUCAAAAAUUAAAUAUGUGUGGUAAAGUCGUUUAUGAGCGAAAAAUAAGAGGAGAACAUUUGUAUGUUUUACGUUUUUGUAAAAUUAAGAAUGUGAGAAGUUAAUGUCAUACAUGUUAGGUUUAUAACAUAUAUAAGACAAAAAAUUUUUAAUUUUAUAAAAAAAAAAAUAACGCAUCAUUUCAUUAUUCGUAUGUUUUUUUUUCGUAAUUGUGAUUAAUAUUUAUAAUGAUAAAAUAAGCAGCGUACUACAUUUAUUCCAAUAAUCUUUUUGUAUAUAAUGUUAUUUAUUGUACUUUUUGUGGAUAAUGUUGUUUAUUUGUAAACUAUUUUUAUGUAUCAUAUAAUUGCAAUAUAGACAUAAUAUGUUAUCCAAAAUAAUAUAAUUUCUUAUCUACAUAAAUUUUUAUUAUAUUAAGCACUAAUUAUAAUUCGUUUAGGAGGAAGAUGAUAAAAGAAAGACUACAUUUUUCUACAAA